GUGUUCAAUCUUUUCUCUCUUCUCGAUCACUCAUAAUUUAAAAAGAUAAAUAUGUCCUUACAUUUUAUUUUAAAUUCAAUUUGUUCCAAUCAUGCUGGUAGCUUUGAUUAUUAUUCAUUCAUUCCGUAAAUAAGUCUCAUUCUCUCUCUCUCCUCUCUCUCUCUCCUCUCUCUCUCUCUCUCAGAUCUACCUGAACCGAACCGCCGCAACUGCCAACUGAUGGCGGCGCCUCCCCCCUGCAAUUCCCUCCCCCUCAGGCGCCGCAGAGACCACGAUUCAGUUGAGGAUCAGAAUGAGGAUCAGAAGGAUCCUCAGAGAUCUAAAGUUGGCGACCAGGAUUUCGUAAGAGAAGAACUCAACACUGAUUCUGUUCCUAAAGUUGAGGAUCAGAGUGACCCUUUUGCGAAAUUGAAAUCUUCUGGAGGAGUUGCAAGCCUCACAGAUCGGGAAAUUUUCAAUAUGUGGCUUGCGAUGCGGGGAGGAAAAACAUGCUCCUCCCAAGAGGUAGCUGAUAAAAUGUUCAGUAACUUUAAGGAAUCUAUUUUGGAUAAGCCCAGCACUCAUGCUGAUUCUGUUCCUAAAGUUGAGGAUCAGAGUGACCCUUUUGCGAAAUUGAAAUCUUCAGAAGGAGUUGCAAGCCUCACAGAUCGGGAAAUUUUCGAUAUGUGGCUUGCGAUGAUGGGAGGAAAAACAUACCCCGACAAACAGAAAGAAGACAAAGCGUACAUCAACUUUCAACAAAAUAUUCGUGAGGAGCCCGCAGAUCAGGACGAGUAUACUUACAAUCGUCUCUGUUUAGCUGAUCAAUCCAAAGAAGAGAUCGCAAAAAAAUUCAGAAAGACGGGUAAGCCGGACCGGUAUAAUGGUUAUGCUUUUAAAUCCAACAUUGAAAAGUGGCCUAGUUAUGCUAAAAUUUGGGCUACUUCAAAUAAUUAAGACUUUUGUGGUUGUUCUUAGCCUUUUUAGGAACAAGUUAAUGUUUGUGUUAAUUUUAAUUUUACAUGUUGUGAGAUUAUAUAUAUCUAAGUAUAUAUAUAAUUUUACACCUUUUCCUUUGUUGGUUAGAACCCUCCUGAUGUGUGUGGAAUUGUAAAUUGGUAAUGAAUGUGGGGACUGUAUGAACAAGAGAACAUCUGAACAAUCCUAUUCUAAUGCUCUUGCCAAAUUUGAUUCAUAUUAUUAUGGAAAA